AUUUUAUAAAUAUUUAUAAAUCAACGAAACAAAAGUUUUGGCAAUGAUUUGAUAAAAACAAUUGAAAACUAAUAAUUAAUUUGUGAGAGAAAAUGUCAAAUUCAGUUGAAAAUCAUCUGAAUGUCUUCGACUAUUUGGUCUUCGCUCUCAUGCUUACCAUUUCAGUAAUUCCGGUCUCAUUCUCACUGAUGGCCAGCUUUCUGUCGGCGAUAACUCUUCUGGGAGUGACGGCAGAGAAUUACAUGUUUGGCACACAGUUUGUGGCCAUAAACCUGUCGUACAUCUUAGGCGCCCCCAUAUCUGCCUAUAUAUUCCUUCCCGUCUUCUAUAAACUCAAAGUUGUCUCUAUUUUUGAGUAUUUAGAGCAUCGGUUUGACAGAAGGGUACGAAUGGUCGCAUCGAUUGUGUUCACAUCACAAAUGAUAAUUUAUAUGUCAAUUGUGUUAUACGCGCCCGCAUUAGCACUCAGUGCGGUCACCAGUCUUUCCAAAUGGACAGCGAUCUUAUCGGUUGGCAUCGUUUGUACACUUUAUUGCACUAUCGGUGGCAUCAAAGCUGUCAUUUGGACGGAUCUGUUUCAGUCAUUCCUAAUGUUCACAGCAAUGAUUAUUAUCAUAAUUAAAGGCACUUAUGAUGUGGGAGGGGUUGAUGUGGUCUGGGAAAGGGCUCGACUCACAGACAGAUUGCAAUUAUUCAAUUUAGAUCCAAAUCCAAUGACAAGACAUACGUUUUGGUCGCUAACAAUUGGAGGAAUCUUCAUAUAUGUGUCUAUUUAUGGCGUCAAUCAAACACAAGUGCAAAGACUGUUGACAGUCAGGAGUUUACAGAAAUCUCAAAUGGCGCUUCUCAUUAGUUGGCCCAUUACUACAUUGUUGGCUCUGAUCACAGCUUUCACUGGUUUAGUCAUUUUCGCCAAUUACUGGAAAUGUGAUCCUCUCAUGAAAAAACAUAUCACAAAAUCAGAUCAAUUGUUGCCAUAUUUUGUUAUGGACUCGUUGUCCUCAUAUCCAGGUCUUCCAGGCGUUAUAAUCGCCGGCAUUUUUAGCGGUGCUUUAUCUUCAGUGUCUUCAUUCGUUAAUUCUUUGGCCGCCGUUUCGUUAGAAGAUUACGUGAAACUGUAUUUCGGCAAUAGAUUGUCGCAGAAGUCUGAGACCAUAAUUACUAAAUGUUUAGCACUGUUUUAUGGCUUACUUUGCGUUGCGUUGACUGUAGUGGCCGACCAAAUGCCUGGUCUACUCCAGGCCUCGCUUACCAUUUUCGGAGUAGUCGGCGGACCACUACUCAUGCUGUUUACAGCCGGAAUGUGUUGUCCAACUUGUGAUUCUUGUGGCGCUUUGAUUGGAUUUAUCGUUAGUCUCGCGGUUGGCUUUUGGCUCGGUUUUGGGAAUCUGUUAUUCGGCACAAAACCUGUUCCUCUCAUUCAGUCCAUUGAAGAUUGUCCUGAAAUUGGCUUCAAUUCUACUCAAACACAACAAACAGCGUUCAAUUCUGAAGAGAAUUCAUUUUCAAUAUAUAAUCUCUCGUAUAUGUGGUUCUCUGCCUUCACGUGGACUAUAGGUCUGACCGUUGCGUUAAUUAUAAGUAAAUUAAAUAAAAGUACAAAAGAAGUAAAUCAACAACUUUUGACACCAUUUCUAAGAAAUGAAUCAAAUUCUGAACAAAAUGACGAAACAAUGAAUAGAUUAAAGUUAACUGAAAUAUAA